CAUCUUUUAUCGUAAAUAUCGUAAAACAGUUUUUCAAAACUAAAAAUAAACAGUUUUUCUUAAAACUAACAAUUUCCUUUAAAAUGGAAAAUAUUUCAGAAACUUAUGAAACUGACGAUAGUGACUGGAUGUUCGACAGUGAUUCGGAAACGGAACAUAGUGACGAAGAGAAAGUUGAACAACUUUAUCGAGAAAUGACAAGCAAAGAUAAAAAUCGUUCCACGCAUAUAAAUCACCACGAUCUUGUUCCAUGCAUAAGAAAUUAUGUCGAACAAAGCUCAGCUGGAGCACAUCUUCGACGUCGAAGCGAUACUAUGUAUACAAAUGGCGUAACUUUACAGGACAUUGUUCGUCAUGUAAAAAGUACACUGGGUAUCACCGUAAGUAGAAAUACCAUCCAUAGACUGAUGGUACCGCCACUUCGAAAAACAACUUCGAGCAGGAGAUUUAAAAACUUGGUAGAUGCUCGUGUUCCGCCAAAACGGAACACAAUGGAAAAAAGGCUUCAUCCAGAUUUCCAUUAUACAAGCGCGCAAGUGAGCAAAGUGAACCAGAAUUGGCGCAUGGCAGCGUGGAGGGAGGGAAAAGAACUUAUGAUGGAGAAGUCAUAA